AUGUGCUUCGUCUAUCCAUCAGCUUCUGAUGAAGUGUCUACCCGAAGAUGUUGCUUGGCCUGCACAUUAGAGUUUGAAACUGCGAAAGAAGCACCUAAAAGUUAUGCCCGUGUGAGGGUUGUUACCGAAGAAGCUAACCCUAGCCAGCAAACCUUAGAGGCGCUGGUCAACGAAAUACAGAGGCUGCUUACGAAGAAGACCAAGCUGUACCCUGCCAGAACUGUAGAGAGUGGUGCCACCCUCGAAGGGAAUGCCAGCUGUCGAGAAGAACAGCUGAGGGGGAAGCUUUAA